ACGGCGCAUUUUUAAUUUGCUGUAAUGAGUUCAUGUGCUCGAACAACAAAAGACUUUUUAAUAAGCCUCAACAGAAAAAAGGUGAUUGGCAAAAGGGAGUUUUCAAAGGUCGAGUUACGAAGAUGCCUAACUAUCCUUGAUCUAACUGCCUUAGGAGUUGGCACAACUUUAGGUGCUGGAGUGUAUAUUCUUGUUGGCGACGUUGCCAAGUUCACAGCUGGUCCUGGUGUUAUAAUAUCUUUUUUGAUCGCAGCGGUGGCUUCCGUUCUAUCAGAUUUUUUUACUACUGAAAUGGAAGCUAAACAGAUUCCUGAAAAUACCGUUUCAGGCAGAAUACACGUUGUUGAAGUAACAUUCAAACAAAAUUUUAAUGAGGAAAGAUCCUUUUAUGCGUCAAGGUUUUCAACUUUCCUGAGUAAAGUAGCUUAAGUUUGACGAAAAAUUAACCGAAUAUUCUUCCCCUCUUGCUAAGGAUUAUGUUAUGCCGAGUUUGGAGCCCGUGUGCCACAAAGUGGAUCAGCUUAUAUAUAUAGCUACAUUACUGUUGGAGAAAUAAUGGCGUUUACAAUUGGUUGGAAUCUGAUACUAGAAUAUGUAAUCGGUAUCGCAAGUGUUGCACGAGCUUGGAGCUCCAAUUUCGAUGGUAUACUCAACGGCCAAAUAGAAGAAUUUUUUAAAAAGCAUUUGGCAUUAAAUCUUCCUGGUUUAGCUGAAUAUGUAGAUCCACUUGCUGUUGGCUUAAUUAUUUUAAUGACAAUUCUUUUAAGCAUCGGUGUACGAGAAUCCGCAAUGAUUAACAAUGUGUUCACAAUCGUCAACUUGUGUGUCAUCAUAUUUGUAAUUGUAACUGGGUUGAUUUAUGCAAAUAUUGAUAACUGGAAAGUUAUUCCAGAAAAUGUUCUUAUCAAUAAUACUGUAAAACGUACGGAUUUAGGAAAUGGCGGGUUUUUUCCUUUUGGUAUGAAUGGCGUACUUUCCGGAGCUGGAACAUGUUUUUUUGCAUUUGUCGGAUUCGAUAUUAUUGCUACAACAGGUGAGGAAGUGCGUAAUCCACAAACAGCGAUUCCUAUAAGUAUUAUCGGAUGCCUGCUAAUAUGUUUCUUGGCAUAUGGCCUUAUAUCUGCUACACUUACGUUAAUGGUACCAUAUUAUUCUAUCUCUUCUGUUGCUGCUCUACCACUUGCAUUUAGUCGCCAUGGCUUACAAUGGGCAAAAUACAUUAUUUCCACUGGGGCUUUGUGUGCUCUAACUACUAGCCUUUUAGGUUCAAUGUUCCCAUUGCCACGCAUUUUGUAUGCUAUGGCAACUGAUGGGCUGUUAUUUGGUUUUUUAAAUCGAAUAAAUUCAAAAGUUAAAACUCCACUUUUAGGUACUAUUGUAUCAGGUGUUAUUGGAUGCAUAAUGACGGCAGUAUUCAGUUUACAAGAUCUAGUCGAUAUGAUGUCGAUUGGAACACUUCUUGCUUAUACUCUAGUAUCUGUUUCUGUGCUUCUUUUGAGAGGACAACAAAUGUCCAUUGGAUAUUGCAUCGGGGACACGAAAGAUUAUACAGAAGUAUUGAUGGACGAUGAAAGUUGGCCAGCUGAUAAAUUACCUUUAUCUGAUGAGAAAUCAUAUCCACUGAAGUUUUUGAAUGAAAUAGCAGACAAUACACUUAGUAAUGAUAAAGAAUCAUCGAAUGGUCCUGAUGAAUAUUUCGAUCAUAAUAAACCCUCUAUUCCCCCAAUUAACGUUGAUAGUUCAAGUUUAUCAACGGCUUUGAAACAAACAAACAAUUCAUCACUUCCUGAUAAUAUUCAUCUCGACAUUUCAAAUUAUUUUCGAAGAUGCUUCAAGCGUGAACCUGGUCAGGAUAAACCGUCUCAAACUACUGAAUUAAUUUAUAAAAUAAAUAGUUACUUACUACUUUGCUUCAUUUUUCUCGGCAAUCUGGGUAUAUUAUUGUUAGAUAAACUACCUGGAGAAGCGACAAAAAAUAUGAUAGUCACAGUCCCAAUAUGGACGUUUGUUGGAUUAAUGAUCCUGAUCAGUAUUAUCAUUUGUUCAACAUUAGCCAUUCAACCAGAAAAUAAAACACCUGUGGCAUUCAAAGUCCCUGGGGUUCCAUGGAUUCCAGCCAUAAGUAUAUUUAUCAAUGUAUAUUUAAUGGUUAAAUUGUCAGGGGCUACAUGGAUUAGAUUCUUAGUCUGGAUGAUUAUUGGUUUCACAAUCUACUUCGGUUAUGGAUACUGGCACAGUAGGGAGAGAAAAAGAAAAAAAUAACAUCUGAAAAAAAGGAAAACCAUAAUAUAGAAGCAUCUUAUUAGUUCAUAGAAAGAAUAGAGUUUAUUUUACAUAUUGUUUAAUUAUUUUAAUUACUAUUUAUUAAUUUUCUUAUAUAUUUCUAUAAAAUUUUUCUAUUCAUGAUUUGAUUUGUUUAUAUAUAAAAGAAAAUACCCUAUGAACAAUUUGCUUUUUUUAAUAUUUAAUGUUCAAACAAUAAAUGAUUACUACCCUG